AUGAAACUCUUAGAAAAAAUAAUAUAUGCUGACGUUUUGAUGAUGGUAAUGGUGAUAUGGGUCGUGCCCAUGUGUUACGGUCAUGGAGAUCAAACUGGGUCAGAUUGGAAUGAUGCGCGUGCAACAUUUUAUGGUGACAUCAAUGGUGGUGAAACUCAACAGGGAGCUUGUGGAUAUGGUGAUCUAAACAAACAAGGAUAUGGUCUGGAGACCGCGGCACUGAGCACGGCGUUGUUCAACAACGGCUCUACAUGUGGGGCUUGUUACGAGAUCAAGUGCGUAAAUAGUCCACAAUGGUGUUUACCCGGUAUCAUCAGGAUAACAGCUACAAAUUUCUGUCCACCAAAUUACGACAAAACCACUGACGUUUGGUGCAACCCACCACAAAAACACUUUGAUCUCUCCCAACCAAUGUUCCUCAAGAUCGCCAAGUACAAAUCAGGUGUUGUCCCGGUUAAGUACAGACGUGUUCCUUGUGUGAAAACCGGUGGUGUCAAGUUUGAAACCAAAGGAAACCCUCAUUUCUUAAUGGUUUUGCCGUACAAUGUAGGAGGAGCCGGAGAUGUUAGGGCCGUCCAGGUUAAAGGAACCAAGACCGCGUGGAUACCGAUGAAGAAGAAUUGGGGACAAAACUGGAACACCGGUGUUGUGUUGACCGGACAAUGUUUAUCGUUUAGGCUCACAUUAAGUGAUGGGAUUACGAAGGAUUUUAUUAAUGUGACAACACCGAGUUGGAGCUGUGGACAAACUUUUGAUGGAAGGAUUAACUUUUAG